AUGAUGAAUUGUCGACAUUCCUUUAAAAUUCGUUGUGCACACUGGUUAUUAGCUCGAAUCAGUUUAUUCCAAUCAAUAUGCUUAUUGUUAUGGUUAGGCGAACGUGCUUAUCAUGAAAUAGAACCACCUAUACACCCAUGGGCAGUAUACACAUAUAUUGGCAUAGGUCUCGUAGCAUCAACUGGCAUUACAAGUCGUUUUUUCACGCGUUUAUCAUUGGCUAGUAUCCUACUCAGUCAAAUCUACAUAGCCUAUAUAUUUGGUGUCGAAAAGCGUUUAGGCUAUUCAAAGUGUUUACGUGCUCGUGUUGGCUUAAGAUGUCUUACUACUAUUGGAAUUUACUUUCGUUUAUUAGGCGUAAAUAGCAUGUGUGAUGGCAAUGCCAAUACUACUGAUAAUACUACUAACAAUCAUUCUAGUAGUAGUAGUAGUUUGUUAACUUCUCAACUUCAGUCGAAACCGUAUAAAUUGUUCCAGUUGGAUGAAGAUAUCCAGCUGACCGAAAUUAAUUCCACAUGGCCAUUAUUAUUAUUAGCAGAUAGUUAUGGUUGUUUGAAGGCAUUAAGUCUUAUUCUUGGUUUAUGUAUGUUAACGGUUGGAUUCAUAUAUUCUAUUCCUGUGAUUAUACACGAUCAACUCGUCAUACUCAAUAAUAAUAAUAAUAAUAAUCCUAAUCAUAAAACAUUUUCAUAUAACAGUUAUUUAUUUCGUCUGGCUGAUUAUCUAGUUGUCGUUUGUUUUUUAAUACUUUCAUUACUUCGUGAUUGUAAUUUCAGUUAUUGGCGCGUUAAAGGUUGUGAAUUUUGGUUAGAAAUACGUGUCCUGUUAGAGAAUGUCACUGUCCUACUAGGUAUUUUUGUUAUUGCACAUUUGACUACUACUAUUAAUCAAAUCAGUAGUAAGAAAAGUGGAAAUAAAUUGUCAAAAACUGUAAGAAAGAAUUGUAAGUCGACAAUUAGAAAUGAUGAAAAAACAAAUGUAAAGAAGGAUUGA